GUUCACCAGAGGAGUGGCUGAUGAGUAUGAAACCUCUCAAGUAAACAAAAAACUUCAUACCAAGGAAUCGAUGCAGUCAAAGCAAGGCGGUUGGAGGCAAGGGACGUUAAGGCUUUCCAGAAACAGGAAUGAUGUCUCCAACCACACUUGAUGCUUCAAGAUGGGAAUCCCUGGGCUGGUAUACUGCAACACUGAAAGUCUGGAUUCGUUUUAUUUUUCUUCAUGAAUAUACAUCUUUUGUGGCUUGGUGGUUAAUCUGUGUGCCCAUCCUUGUGGGAGUGGCAUUUGCCCUCAUUGUAUACAUUGUAAUAAGUGCAAUUUCACUUUUUAUGUUUAUAUACAAGAAAAUAAAUAAUGCACCUGAAGACAUGCUCAGCAAAGUAUGGGAUAAACCAAGGCACAUACUUUCAUAUCUCGGGGCUACAUGUGGGAAGAUUUUGCAUGGUUAUGAGAUUAUUGGAGUGGAGAAUAUACCAGAAGGACCUGGGAUUAUUGUUUUAUAUCAUGGCGCUAUGAGUUAUGACUAUAGUUUUUUUGCAAGUAACAUGUUUCUACUGACAGGGAGAGUCUGUCAUUCUGUGGUCGAUAAUAAGUUGUUUACUGUACCAGGUCUAAAAGGCUACUUAGAACUGUUUGGUUGCAUUCCUGGCAGCAGAGCUAAAGGUGUUGAAAUCCUGAAAAAAGGCCAGUUAUUGGGGGUUGUACCUGGUGGAAUGAAAGAAGCAUUAUUUGGUGACAACUACUAUCAACUGAUGUGGGGUAACCGUACAGGUUUCGCCCAUGUGGCUUUAGAAGCUAAAGUGCCCAUCAUUCCCAUGUUUACACAAAAUAUUCGUGAAGUUGGCAGAACAUUUGGGAAUACACGAUUUACAAGAUGGCUACAUGACAAAACUCGAUGGUUUUUCCUUCCCAUUAUUGGAUACUUUCCUGUCAAAUUACGUACAUAUCUUGGAGAACCCAUCCCGUAUGAUCCGAACAUAACUGCAGAAGAACUAGUACAAAAGACAAAGACUGCUAUUGAAAACAUCCGUGAUAAACACCAAAAAAUACCAGGAAGUAUCUUAAGAGCUCUUUCGGAACGAUUUGAGAAACAUCAUAAAGAGAACUAGCUGUCACACAUUUUAUGCACUUGUCUGUUUCAUUAGCCAAAUGUCCAAAUAAAAUAUUCAUAACUCUG